AUGCACAUAGAUAGCCUUGAGCUAUGUACAUGCAGGGCGCGAAGAGGCCGCAUUGGUACUGGUGACAAGUCUGAUGGCGAGGCUGAAGCUGCGGCUGAUGAGAAUGGCGCUGCAUUAGCGGCAUGUCUCGUAUUCACAACCAGCUUCAAAGUUCAGGCGGUCAAGAUAGUGUAG